GGAGCUUGGCCCAUCCGCUGUUGGACGCCCCAAUCCACAGCAACGUAGAGGGCGUUCGCGCGUGCAUCGAAUCGCUGCUCGGAGCCGCCACAAGCUGUUGACAUCCCCAUGGGAGCGGAGACGAACAUCUCGCCGCAGCUAGAGCCGGCCAAGUCGCGGGAGACGGAUACUCUACUCAACGACGAUCAGAACUGGAUGACGGUGCUGCAGGAGUCUGUGUCGUUCAGGCGGUUACUGUCCGAGCCACUCGAGUGGGAUACCACGGGGCAUGUCUCGCCAGCAACGAUGGCGCAUGUCCAAUCACUGCCGACAGCUCAGCUCGAUCUGCCAGCACAUGCCGUGGUGUUCGGACGUCAAUCUAUGUCCUCCAACUACUGUGCUGCGCACAUUGGAAGUUCUGAACCAGCCCAGAGUUGUAAUCCAUGCUUGCCCGUGGCUCGUUCAUUAGUAAGUCCAACACAUAUUGGAGGAGCCGAUCUCUAUAUGGUAAGUUCAUCCUCUAAUCUCAUUAAAUAAUGGAUUUAUAUAUGGGUAUCCAUAUAGAAUUGAAACCAACAUGUCGUCCUAUUAGGACAGUUAAACUAAAUGAAGCAACAAUCGUUGCCUGUAGUGAGGAAGAUGUAAUAGUAGGCAAUAGCAGUCUGCAGCUAUGUAAAGAG